AUGUCCUCGAGCGAAGCGCUCCAUCAUUCAGACUUCGUGAUUGGCCUUGUGCUGGAGCGGCACGCUUCACAACAAUGCUCCCAGUUUCUGCGGGUCUCGCCACAGCACUGGCUCCGAAAGCACAAGCAGGUCAAGCUUGUGUUCAACCUGCUCAGUGCAGGCUUCACAUGCUGCUUCCGCAUGGCUCGCUGGCCACCUGGACGUCAUGUUUGCAGCGGUACCUGGACAAGAUCAUCUUGUCGGCCUGACUUCCUGGGGCACUUCUGCCACAAACAUCUGGCCAGAAUCCUCCCAAGAUCACAAUCUCCUGCAAUCUCAGUUCAAAAAAUCCGGUGUACCGAGCUCCUGCAGCCUCAGUCAACGACGAACCAUCCCACAAAGGACCCCACAGGCUCGCGACCAGCAAAAGCCAGGCUCUGCUGUGGCCCUGCCGUUGGCCCAGGUGCGCUGAUCCGACUGCCCAGGAGGAGCCUCUUGAGUCACCCCGAGUUGGACACUUUGACUCUGACCCCAGAAGCCCCCCGAAGCCUGAUCUCGAUGAUCUUCUUUGGAGGCGGUGCCCGCCUGGUCGGCCCCUCAUCGGCGUACUUCGGCCUGAACCAGUUCCAUCUUGGGGCUGUUGGGCUGUUCGGUUCGGUCGAGGAGUCGCUACGGAACGUUUUGCCCUGCCACCCAUGUGCUGCCGCUUUGGCGGCGUGGAGACAGAUGGGAGGACGCUUGGUGGCAUUGGAUUCGCGCUUUGUGGACUUGACCUCCCUCGAGGUCUUGACCGAAAUACCCCGCAGCCUAACCCAGUCGCUGUCACCUACCUUCUUUCGCCUCGAUACGCUCGAGAUCGAGUUCGUUGCCCCACUGGGGCCAAGGGGUGGCCUUCAGGCUCGCGCCUUUGUUCAUAUGGCCAGCGGCUUAGCUGCAUCCUGGGACUACCAGCUUUCAAAGCGAUCGGCAUACCAUCUCUUCGAUGCAGAUCAUUUCAGCCUGCAAAACGUGCAGACUUGGGACAUGUGUGACCGCAUCAAGCAGCACAUCCGCCGCCGCUGCCGCAAGUGCCGCCGCCGCUUGCGGCGAGUCCACUGA